UUACUGUAAACAUGGUAAAUGAUACUAGAGAUCGGAAGUCUUUCCUUAUGAACAGAAAACACAUGUCACCAUCCACGGAGGAGAGAGUGGAUGUCCAGAGAUUACAUCAGCUAUACAAUGAUAUCCUAAAACCCCUGACUUUAUUCCCCAAUCACAGUCCGCGCUCCAGACGUGAAAAAAAAGAUGAGGUCUACUCCCGUUCAGCCGCACCAUUCAUGAAAGACAUGCGCACUGUUUCGCCAGAUGUUCUUUGUGAUAUGGUUAGAAGAAGGUUACAUAAACUAUUGCCAUUUACUUCUGGAUCCACAGAUGUCCAAAAAGUAUUUGAGGAGAUUAUUCUAAGCGAGGUGAAAGUUGCCUGUGAUGGUAUUCCACAUGUCCUAUGCACUACUUUAUUAAAUUCAAGAGAAAAGCAUCGCCUGCACCGCCGUGUCCUCGAUCACAUCAUGAUUGUCUCCGAGCAGCUGUUCCUGCACUACUUGCACAGAAUGGAUUGGAGGAAAUCACAUUCUCUCUUCACUGAAGAAGCCGAUCUCACACGUUGCAAGGCACAGUUGUUGCUUGAUUGCUCCAAAUUCUUUAAUGUUUUUUCAGCCAGUCAUUACUUAAUUGCUGAGAUCAAAGAGUUGGAAGGCAAAGAAUCCGAUGAUCAAACUGACUUGUUUUCUCAGCAAUCACACAAAAAGAAGGCCCCAUAUAAAAGCUUUAAACAAACUUUUACUAUGGAAUAUUUUGUACGAUUGGGCAGACCAGACAUUGCUGUUCAUAAAGUCCAAAGAGAAACAGAUCUGAUGCAGAUUAAAAAUAUACAGCGACCGGACUUAGAGAAGGUACGUAAGUUGUUUUCCGGACAAGAAGACUACAGCACAUUUACAAAGAAUGUUCAGUGUGAAGCCGUGACAACCGCAUGUUCAUUCAGACAUGAGGAAGAGGAAGAAACAGAAGAAGAAAAGGGUUAUGCCAAGUGCACUUUGAUUAAGGUUAAGAGUAUGUCUUGCCCCAAUUUGAGGAGUGGUGAUCUGCUGGCUGAUGAACUGAGGAUAACAUUUAAACCAUAUCCUGCCGAGUGCCCAAAUAUUGUUAGUAUACCGCAUACAAAAGUAGAGGCAAAUCCUGUAUCAGAUGAUCUACGAAGGUUAAUACAGGACUCCACAUUGCCAAGCACGGGUCGUGUAGAGAGACAGUAUUCUGAUGAGGAGAUUCCUCCACUAAUAAGUGCUAUAGCUCCUGGAUACAGGAACGCAGCUAGACGUAAAAAAAUGGAAGCUGUGUUACAGAGUUUAAAUAAGAAAUCAGCAGAGCCUAAAGAAAUGGAGAAGACACAGACAAUCCAUCCACAGACCUUCACAGUUGAUGUCCAGAUCCCCAACAAGCCAUUAGUAAGAAGAGCUGAUAUGCAGGCCUCUGACAGAAUAUUCACACACUUAACUGAAAUGCAGAAAUACCCACCCAUAUACAAUGACUUUGCAUCAGAGAUUGAUUCUGCUACUGUAAAGAAACUGGAUAGAAACUUGUAUGUUGGGCAGGAGCUAGAAGAAGUGUAUACAGAACUUGUUAAGAACCUUUCCACGAACCACCUGAAGUUUGAUCAGGAUUUAGAAUUUGAGCCCUAUGCAACAAAACUGGAUUUCUCUGUGUGUACAGCCUCAUCCACAUUAACCAAAAAAACUAACCAGCGGGUGAUCAACAAGGAGCUAGAUUCCUUGGCUGCCAUUAAUGACGUCAUGCAACACAUGCCUACUGACAAAGAAGCUUCUAGAAAUGUUAAUUCCUGGCUUGUUUGGUGGAAGUCUAUUGUCAACACUGAUGACUACAUGAAAUAUGUAUCCACACAGGACCUGGAUUACCUAAAGGUGAUUUACCAUUUAUACAACAGUGAUUCUGAAGAUGAAGAGCAGGCACACAUUGCUUUGAUGAAGAAGCAAGAAGAGCAAAAGAGGCAACGGGAGAGAAAGAUUGCAGAUCUCAGAGCAGAGAAGCAAAGUUACAGCCCUGGCAUGUGGAACGUCAACAGCGUCAUGCUUGGGGGUCUCGGAUCAGACCCACAUAGAGUUACAUCUGCCAGCUAUCUAGAUCUUCAGAACAAGAUCAAUGCGGUUUGGAAUGCACUUCACGUACCAGAAGGCCAGCGACUGGAUAUGGCUAUUAAAUAUAGUUCCAAUGAAUACAGAGACCGGCUGCCAGAGGCAAUACGGGUGUGGGAAAAGGCAGUAAUACUCAUCCAGAGAAGAGAGAAAAUGUUAGCUGAGCUGGAGAUAUUUGAGAGAGAGGCCUCCGAUCCUAACAGAUUCUUCCUCAGAGGUUACAAAGGUACAUCAGUUGCAAGGAUGGAAGAGUCUAAGCAAAGGCAGAAGCUGUACAAACAAAUGUCACACACUGAACAUGCCAUAGCAAAAGUACUACAAAUGAUAAAGAGGACAUUUAAUGAUACAGUCAGCUACAAGGGCAGACCAUAUACUGAAAAAAUGAAGUGGGACAAAACAGAGAUGCUUUACUGGCUGCAGCAAGAUCGUCGCAAAACUUUAAUGGUAAUGGAUACCAAAAAAGAAAGCAUGAAU